UCUUAACAUUUUUUGUCAGACGGUUGACAAUCUUCAUUAGAAUCUUGUAUGCAGCUCAAUGGGUCAAAGAACAGCUUUUUUUUCCGAAGAUCUCAGCUUAAUGGAUAAACAACAUUUUUCCUGAUAUUUAGACUUAGUUUAAAACCUCUAUGAGUACAUAUGUGUUUGUUUUUUGGAAAUGGAAAAUUUAAGAGAAAUAUCCCUCAUUACUGAACAAAUUAUAUAUAAAGAGUUGAAUUGUAGUGAAAAUCUUGAACUCUCUCUCACUGGUGAAAAAUGUUACAGAUGUGAUCUAUGUGGCAAAGAGUUCACUAAGCCUAGCUACUUAAAGUUACAUUACCCUACGCAUACUGGAUACAAACGUUAUAAGUGUGAAGAAUGUGGCAAAAUGUUCACUCAAAAAGGAACGCUACAAAAACACAUGGUAAUCCACACUGGUGAAAAACAAUUUAAUUGUGGCAUUUGUGAUAAAGUGUUUACACAAAUUAGUAAUUUGAAUGCACAUUUAAAAUCCCAUUCAGGUGACAAACCUUAUAAAUGUCAAGAAUGUGGAAAAGCAUUUGGCCAAAAAGGAAACCUAAAAAGACACCUUGAAACCCAUACAAACGAAAGGCAUUAUAAGUGUAAUCUGUGCGAUAAAGAGUUUACUCAGAAUCACAGCUUGAAGAGACAUUUAAAAACACAUACCGGAGAAAAAUCUCAUAAAUGUGAAACGUGCGGGAAAGCAUUCAGUCAGAGUGGACAUCUACAAAUACACCAAAGACAACAUACGGGUGAGAAACCAUAUCCGUGUGGUAUCUGUGGUAAAGAAUUUAGAUUGGCUGAAAACCUUAAGAUGCAUACAACAACGCAUACUGGUGAAAAACCAUAUUCUUGUGAAGUAUGUGGGAAACAAUUUGGUCAGAAAAAUUCUAAAACAAGGCACAUGAGCAUCCAUACUGGUGAGAAACCAUACAAAUGUGUGAUAUGUGGGCACAGUUUUAAUCAGCAUCAUAGUUUGAGGUCUCAUUUAAGAAUACAUACGGGUGAAAAACCUUAUAAAUGUGAUAUGUGUGAUAAGGCAUUUCGCAAUCGUCACAACUUGACAAAUCAUUAUGCUAUACACACGGGUGAAAAAUCCUUUUCGUGUGGUGUGUGUGGUAAAGAAUUUCGCCUAAGUCAGCAUGUACAGAGGCAUAUUAAUAGAGUGCAUGUGAAUAUACAUCAAAAUAGAAAUUAGAAUAAAUGCAAGCUUAUUGAGUGAAAAAUGUCAAGGACAAAAGACAAUUGUAACAAAAAACCCAGUAAAUUUAGAAAUACAAAUGGAGGAAUUGAUUACAGCAAAAAUACUACAAUUUAUGUAAGUUAAGGAAAAGGAGCAGGCUUAAUAGUAACAAGUCUGUUAGUCAAUCUAGUUAAUAUGAACACACCUUAAGCCAUUAUGCUUAGUUCACAGUAAAAUUGGUAACAAAUUUAUGCGUGAUACUCAGAUGGUUGGUUGUUCUAUCUUGGCACUUUGGCUAAAAAAUCCUCCACCAAUAAAAACUGGCUGCCACAAAGUAGCUCAGCGUCCUUAUGAAGGUAAAUCCAGAAAACUGCCUCAGACGGACAAAAAGCUUUAUUAUGAAGGAUUAUGUUCGUUUUUUUCCACCUGGCCAUUAUGGACAGUCCAUUGAUAUUUGAUCUCUGAUUUUGAAAAUCUAGUGAAUACAAAAACUGAACAUACUUUUUACACAGUUUUGUACAUUCAAUUCUUAUGAUGAUAAAAUAGAAAUGACAUGUAAUAAGGAUGCCACUGAGGACUGUUUAGAAAUUUUGCUCACUCUUUACCCACUUCCGCAGAGGAAGGUGGAAAUCCCAUAAUCCAUCUGGCCUGUUGUCAUGGUAGCAGACCUUUAAUAUAACUUGUGAGGGUGUGGGUGUGGAUGGGGUGAGGGAGUUCUUCAUUUCUAAAACUUUUUGGCUCAUUAUUCUCUUAUUUUUUUUAUUUUAUUUUGUUGGUACAGACCGUACAUUUUCCCUAUUCUUUAUUUUUUUUGGCCCUUUAUUCUGCACUUUUAUCCAUUAUUCUCUAUUCUGUAAACCUCAUUCAGACAUGUACCCCAUGUUUUGAACUUACUAUUUUCUGUUUUUAUUUUAUUAUGUUGCCCAACAGAGAAACUAUAGCAAAAAAAUGUAUAAUA